GUCACUCCGUAGUUCUUCCUUUUUUCUAGCUGUAUAGAAAGUAAAGAUGGCUGAAGCUCCUCCAUGCACCAGCCGGUUCUUCUGUCACAGAUGCUCACUGGAGAUUAGUCCUCGGCUUCCCGAAUACAUGUGUCCACAAUGUGAGUCUGGAUUUAUUGAGGAGCUGCUGGAAGAGAGAAGAGCGGACAAUGGGUCCAUGUCCACCAUGUCCAGCGGACCCCAGAACCAACAACCAUUGGAGAAUAUGGACCAGCAGUUAUCUAUGUUCCCCUCCGGCUUUGGUCAGUUUUCCGUUAGCGUCUUUGAUGACACCUUUGACCUUGGGCCUGGACUAGGGACAGAGGACAAUCGGGAUGCUGAAAACCAGUCGGAAAGGGACAUGUCAUCUCGGCAGCGAUACGGUGCCAGGCAGAGUAGAAGUCGUCAUGGUUCAAGACGGCAAGCAGGAAGGCACGACGGAGCUCCUACUUUAGAAGGUAUCAUCCAACAACUUGUGAAUGGAAUAAUUGGACCUCCUUCAAAUAUUGGUGUUGGGGCCUGGGGGGUUCUCCACUCCAAUCCAAUGGACUAUGCUUGGGGUGCUAAUGGACUUGAUGCUAUUAUAACACAGUUAUUAAACCAGUUUGAGAACUCAGGUCCACCGCCUGCUGACAGUGACAAAAUAAAAAGUCUUCCUACAGUGGAAAUUACUGAUGAGCAUGUUGCUUCAGGACUGGAAUGUCCAGUGUGUAAAGAAGAUUACAGUGUUGGAGAAAACGUGCGACAGCUCCCGUGCAAUCACAUGUUUCACAAUGAUUGCAUAGUCCCCUGGCUGGAACAGCACGACACUUGUCCAGUAUGCAGGACGAGCUUGACUGGACUGAACACGGCAACAAACCCUCCAGAACUCUCAGAGAUUAACUUUACAUCCUCCCCUUCUUCCUCGUCCUCAUCGUCGUCCUCCUCCUCCACCUCUUCUUCCCCUCCGUCCUCAGAUUCCACCAGCAACGAGAGCUCCACUGAUAACUCGUAGGCAGGGUAUUUGUAUCCGUCACCUCAUGAGCCGGUUUCUGCUCCUCGGCUGAGCAGUGACCUCCAGUCCCUCCCUGCUGUAGGGCAGAGGCCUGAGUGCAUAUCACCAGGAUCACUCAGGCCUGUUUCAGGGGUAAGUGAUACAUGUGUUUAUGUAUUUCUGCCCGCUGUGUCCCCUCCCUGCCCCCACCACCACCACCUUCAUCAGGAAUGUGAACAAUGGAAGGGCAGACGCCUGCGGUGCAGCUUGUGACUGGGAGGAAGUGGAAAAGCGUGAAAACUUCAAGAGAUUCGUGGAGGUCAAAGCACCUCUUAAAUGAGGAGAAUCCAAAGGUAGAAGACCAGGAGCGCCAAGACAAUUACCAGUGUUUUUGUAAACCUCCAGCCUUGGUUGAUGUAAUAUGACCCACUUUUGCGAUAGGCAAAACAUAUGGGUAUUCCUUUUUGUAGUAAGUUGCGUUCAAAUCUUUGAGUGCGGAGCUUCAGUGUGCAUUCAAAUGUAUCUAUAGUGUGAAUGAAUAUUACACUUCAAUAUCUUUCCAAUUAAAAUUUACAAUAGUUUGUAGGAUUGUUUAUUUUGAACAAGCGAUUUUGUCUGAUGAUUUACAGUGGUUGUUUGAAUAAAACUAGUCUUUCUUUAAGGUCCAGUCCGCGCUAACCUAAGUAUUUUUAAAAACUGAGCUUUCUUUUAAUCUCAGUUGCUUCAGUUUUUGGUGACAAAAUCUAAGCAUUAAAAAAAACAAUAACAAAAAAACAGUUCGUGAUGUAAAUGUGCUCGCUCGAUGUAUGGAGGUUUUUAAAUGCUAGCACAGAGGCCCGCUUUGCACAUGCCCAAUUUGCCUUUUUUUUUUUUUUUUUGCAAAAGCACAUAUGCAGUGAGGCAGUUAAAAAAUUUUCCACAUCUGCCUUUUGUCCUCACCCUGUUUCCAUGUAGCUUCAAACUUAAGCUGCUGAAGGUAUUUUUGCUGUGUUCAUGUUGUCUUGGAAGUUGAAACGACUACACACUCUUGAUUGAGAAGGUUCCUGUUGCAAGUCAGAAAACACUGGGAUUUGCUAAUAGUUUUGGUGCCAACAUUUUUUUUAGCAAUAAACACCUAUGAUACAUUCCUCAUGAUCUUCAAACUCAAAAGGAACCUAGAUUCUUUAGAGCACUACAGGGAAUACAAGCCAUGAGAAUUGUUUAGUAAUGUCAUUAUCUCCUAUCUGCAUCUACCCAUGCAAGACACUGAAUUGGGAGCUGCUCUACGAGCUCCUUCUUUAUCAGCUGGAAUACUGAGUGGAUAAUUUGCGAAUUUGAAUUGGUGAAUUGUUUUGCUAACAGAGAACUCUUAAAAUCUGACUUCAGAGAACAGAGAAGCACUACUUAAAAAGACUAAAAUGUAUGUUAGAGGACAGAAACUAGAACUGAAUCUUUAGCCCAGUUCUGCUUUUGCAGUUUUAUGGAUCUUUGGGGUAGUAUUGUUGUAAAUGUCGACAUUUUGCUACUUGCUGGCAAACAUAGGUCUUAAACAUUUUCCAAUUGGAAUUUGAAGAUUCAGAGAUAAAGUAUUAGUUAAAAAAUAUCUAUAGUAAAAUAGCUAGGGUGUAAAAAACUCAUUACGAUUUGUGGGAAUCAUGUCUAAUUCUUGCAUAGUAUUAAAAAAGAUUUUUAUUAUAUUUUUUUAACAAAGUUAUUUACUAAUGUCUUCAGUUUAAAAAAAUUCAAUUGCAAACAUGACUAUGUAAGUAAAGAAAAUGAGCACUAUGGAUUUUAAUACAUGUAUGCAUGUGUUGAGACCAAGUCAAGCAUGCUUAAUUGCUACAUUCUAAAAUAACAAGCAGCAGUACUAGAAGAACACUGAUGUUGACAGAUUUAAAGUUUUCUUUGAGGUUUAAUCUGUUUCAAUUUUAGUCAUUUUUUUCCCCAUAAUAUCUUUUAACACAUAAAAUAGAAAAAAGUUUGGGUUUUAGGUUCUUUCACUAAAACUAGUGAUUUAAAGCCAGCAGAAACUAAGAAACCACGAGGAUGUCGAUAUUUACUCAUCAAAGCAGAGCCCCCCUAAGCCUUAUCUAGUUUUACUUUUGAUUAAUCUCAAAGUGCAUCAAUGUGCAAUCUAUUUUUCGAUGCAUCUCUGAACAGUACAUACAAAUAAAAGAACUAUUCCAUGUAAACCUCUCAUAAACUAAUGUGUUUUAACUGCUGUUUGGUUGGAUUUGAUUAGACUGAGUUUGUGGCAUUGUGAGUAGAAACCUUCUCUUUAUUUAACAUUUCUAAGGUGUGCAAGAUGGAUGGAAUUUAAUAAAAAAAAAAAGAUACUGUGGUGAUUUUUAAACAUAUAUUUAAACAUGUUGAGGUCUUUGUUUUGCAGUCUUAAUUUAUGUGUUCCUUUCAUUGUUCUUUGCACUCUCAGAACAAUCGAGGAACAAUAACCCUCAUUAGCAAAGCUUUUGAAUCUAUUUUCAAUGCAUAAUAAGGCUUUGAGAUAAUUUUGUACUUUCAAAGUGAUGACCGGUCCAGUGGGAUGCAAACCGCAAACAAACUGUAUGAAAUCCUUUACUUCUGCACUUGCCUGAUAAAUAUCAUCAAUAAGCAAACUA